CCUGGGAAACCAGCCACAUGGAGGGUGCCGGGGACGUCCCGAGGUCUCUGCUCCCUGACGUUCACCGGGGCCUCCCCUUCCCGGGCUCUCCAUCUCGGGCUGCCCUGGUCUCUGGCUCCUACCUCUAUUACCACUACGGCUGCGACGGGGUGGACGACCGGGGCUGGGGCUGCGGCUACCGGACCCUCCAGACCCUCUGCUCCUGGCUGGCGGGGGCCAGAGCGGGGCUGGGGGGCUGCCCCCGGCCGGUCCCCACCCUGCCGGCCGUCCAGCAGGCCCUGGUGGAGAUGGGAGACAAGCCCCCGGCCUUCGCCGGCUCCCGGGACUGGAUCGGCACGGUGGAGGCCGCCUUGUGUGUGGAUCACUUUUUUGAGGUGCCGUGCAAAAUCGUGCACAGCCCCCGGGGGCGAGGGCUGGGGGGGCAGGUGGGGGCCUUGUACGCCCAUUUCCAGGAGGGUGGGGGGCCUGUGAUGCUGGGGGGCGACGCCGACAGCUCCUCCAAGGGGUUAUUGGGGGUCUGCUCCGUGCCCGCCGGCCACCAUCUCCUUGUCCUGGAUCCCCACUAUUAUGGGGGCGCUGGGGGGCUGGGUCGGGAGGGGAUGCAGGCGGCGGGGUGGGUGCGCUGGCAGGGCCUGGCCUCCUUCGACCCCGCCUCCUUCUACAAUCUCUGCCUGCCGCAGUUCCGGCGGGACGCGGGCGAGGGGGACGGUGCUGGUGAAAACUGAGUCGCACGAGCAUCGUCAUCCCGGAUGGCCGCUGAGGGAGUCACUGGGCCCCCGGGAGCUGUGCACAAGGAAGAUGUCACUGGGACCCGUGAACAUUGGAUUGCACAAGCGGGAAUUGUCCAGAGGUCCAGCAAGAGCUUUGCACAAGGGAGAUGUCACUGGGACUGGUGAACAUUGCAUUGCACGAGUGAGAGUCACCCAGUUGGUCACCAAGGGGGUUUGCACAAGUGGGUGCAUGUGAACUUGGUUUACACAAGCGAGAGUCACCGGACGGCCACCAAGGGCUUUGCACAAGGAAGAUGGCACGGGGACUCGUGAACGUUGGUUUGCACGAGCGAGAGGAGUUUGCCGAAAGCUGCCGCUCUCCCGGCCCGUCCUGAGGGAAUGACGAUUCCCGGCUGAUUUUGGGCCACAUGCUCCGGGAGGGAAUGAACAGAACAGGGCAGAUAGCGAGUGAUCCAUCCCCUGUCGUCCACUCUUGGCUUCGGGCAGGUGGAGGUUUAGGGGCACCCAGAGAAUUGGGGGUGGGGGUCACAUCCCUGGCCAACCUGGCUAAUAGCCAUUGAUGGACCAGGAACGUCUCUGAUUCGUGUUUGACUCCAACAAUGCUUUUGGCCUUCGCCGCGUCCUGCCGCGAGGAGUUCCCCAGGUUAACGGUGCGUUGCGUCACGCAAUCCAUCCUUCCUGCCGCCUAGUCAUUUCAGCGGGCGACCCCUGGUCCUGGUGUGAGCGGCGAACCAUCUCCCGCGCUGCCCAAAUCGCUUUCACGGCUCAUUCAGACCCCUUCCUGCGGGGAGCCCGGCCCUCCUGGCGUCGCCGGGAAUCAGUGCUCCAUUCGGUAAGGAAAGAGCGUGGCCCGAGAUGAAACGCCCGGGAAUGCGGCCGGCCACCCGCUGGGCCGA